ACGGCAAGUCGUUCAAUGCGAUUGAUUUCAUCGUGCGUUGUCUCUUAUUCAUACACCAUCGAGCGUUGUCUCUUAUUCAUACACAGAUUGAGGUGGAGGCAGAACAGUGGUGGUCAAAGUAUUGAUGAAAGGUUAGUUAUAAUGAGGAUGACAGGUCCUGAUGUGCUGAGUCUUACAAAACCUGAACUGAACCUGUAUCCCGAAGCACCGAUAAGUCUUACCUUUUGCCAUAAGGAAACAAAAUGGGGGAUUUUAGCCCAUAAGAGCUAUGUUUUGCCAUAAGUUUAACUACAGGUUUAUGCCAACUCGGAGUUACCAUAGCAGGCCUUAUGUUUUCACAUAGCGCCAACAUGGAGGAGCAGCAGCAACAGGAACCCCUCAUGAAUAUUCGUAAGAGAAGAGAUGUUCUUCGCAAAUUAGGUGAUGAAGAAAUUGUCAAGAGGUAUCGCCUGAACCGUGCAAGAAUACUUUUUGUCACUGACCUUGUGAGAGGCCCUGCAAAAUAACAAUAAGAGGAGUCGAGCCCUGACGCCAGAGGUGAAGGUCAUCAUAACAUCACGUUUCCUUGCCCAUGGGAAGAUGCAGCAGUGCAAUAGUGAUGACGUGGGUGUGUCACAGUGUACUGUUAGUAAAGAGAUUGUCCAAAACACUUGAUGCUCUCUCAAGUAUUGACAUACUGAGCGGAUUUAUUACAUUUCCUCACGCCGUGGAUGCUGUUGAAAGAAAGAAGGCAAAAUUUCUUCACAUAGCACAAUUUCUGGGUGUGAUUGGUGUCAUUGACUGCACCCACAUAAGAACUGUGGCACCAAAGCAGGAAGAGGCAGCAUAUGUCAACAGAAAAAGAUACCACAUCAUCAAUGUUCAAAUUGCAUUUGAUGCAAACUACAAGAUAACUGAAGUUCUUGCAAAGUGGCCUAGGUCUGUGCAUGAUGCAAGGAUUUUCAGUGAGAGUGCAGUCAGACAGCUGUUUGAGAGGAACAUAAUACCAGCAGGAUGCGACUUGCUGGGAGACAGUGGUUAUCUUAGCUGACAGUACCUGCUGACACCUUACCAACGACCUCGGCCAGGACCACAGUCAAACUGCAACAGUGCUCACAAGAAUACAAGGAGAGUAGUCAAAGGAGGGAUCAGUCAAUUAAAAUGUCAUUUUGAUGUUGUUCAUGGAGAGAUCAGGCUUGAAUAUCCACUGAAAGUAUGCAAAGUUGUGGAAGUCUGUGCUCUCCUUCACAACAUUUGCAAGAACAUGAACAUCCAGAUGCCUCCAGAAGACCACAAAUCUGCUGCUGGUGAUAAUGAAAUGAAUGAUAAUGUUGUUGCUCCUAAUGGGAAUGCCAACAUACCCGCACCCUAUCUUCGUGGUAGAAGGACUCCAUAAGGGACACCAGUACAAAUGAUUUUUGCAAUUUGUAUUUCAACAAUGACGAGUGAAGAGUGAAUGAGUUCUGUCAAUGAGCUUGUGCACCAUCCCAGAAUGAAGUCCUGCUGGGGCACUACACACAUCCUCUCCUCCACUUUUGAUAGCCAAUGGAUACCACCUUCAACAGCAAGUAAAAUAUGGCACAUGUGGGGGUCCUCUCGGGGGCGGGACUCAGCUUGCCGGUGGAGGUGCUGGAAGUGGUGUUGUCACAGCUCCCUCACAACUUCCUUGUCACCACCUGUGCCAGCGUGUGCCGCCUGUGGCAUGAGGUGAUACGGAACCCAGCAUUCCUGCCUUGGAAGAAACUGUAUCAUCACUACAAGUUGGCACCCUCCAGCCCCACAUCAUCACUAUUGCUGUAUAAGAGUGGUGAUGACAAUGGUGGUGGUUGUGGUGGUGGUGGUGCCUUAACAGCAGAACAAGUGGUGAAGCGUCUCUGUAACCGCCAUGACAUCACCUCUACCUCUAAUUGCCUUGUUAGUAUUAUAAGGGCAGUGGGGAAGAGCCACAGCACACCCCAGGGUACCUCCCCAACACUGCUGCAGGGCCACCGCCUCUACUCACUGGCCCAGGACACCCUUGCACACCUCAGCCCAUCCCUCCUGCCACAGCCCCACACCCUCUGGCAUCUGGUGGCUACUAUUGCUCUAUUGUCGCAUGAUGUGUGGGACCUCCAUGCACUGAUCUGCCUGCUGCUGCAUCCCGGCUCCCUCUUCUCGCCCUGUGUGGUGGUGGAGGCCUUCUACUCCAUUGCUGUCUUCCUCUUCCAUGCCACCGCCUCUGAUGUCAUCCGUCUGCCCAUGAAGUACCACUACCAGGUGUUCUAUGCCCUGUACCUAUAUGAGAACGACUGGGGGGGCUUGCCGGAGGGCAGAGCGCAGGUGAGGGAGGAGCAGCAUGCCGGCCAGCAGUCCAUGCAGCAAUACAUUCAGCGGAAGAUGGCCAUCCGGUUUACACAUGAACAACUGCGCAUUAUAAACCAUCCGCUGCGGAAGGACCAUGUUGUCAAGAUAGUAGCAUUCGCUGGCACGGGCAAGACCACCACGCUGCUGGAGCUCUGCAAGAGGAGGCCAGACCUGAAAUUCCUGCUCGUGGUGUUUAACAAGUCAGUGCAGGAACAUUGCAACCAAAUCUUCCCCAAGAACGCCACAGUGAAGACUGCACACUCCAUGGCAUUUGCUGCUGUUGGGAGGAGAUAUCAAGCCAUCCAGAAAUUUUCCAUGGAUCUAAGAGCUGGAAACAUUUCAGAAUUUUUGCCGAAGAGAGAGGGUGCUGGAAACAGGUUACGUCGCGUGGCUCUGGUGAGGAAGGCACUCGAGAGGUUCCUGAACUCAGCUGAUGAACACUUAACACUCCAACACACACCAACAGUUGAUAAGCAUGGAGAACAAAUAGAUGAUGACUUUCGACUUAAGGUGAUUCUGGCUGAUGCUGAGGCAGUGUGGGCCGAGAUGACCAAGUGUUCAAGGCACCAGGUACUCAGUAUGACUCAGGAUGGGCAGCUCAAGGUGUGGCAGCUGAGCCGGCCCAAAUUGGCAAACUACGACGUUGUGAUGAUUGAUGAGGGGCAGGACAUGAACCCCUCCAUGCUGGAGGUCUUCCUGCGCCAGGGCUGUGCUAAGGUGAUAGUGGGCGACCCACACCAGCAGAUCUACUCCUUCCGUGGCGCCAUCAACGCUCUCGAAUCUGUGGAGUCAACGCACACCUUUUAUCUCACCCAAUCCUUCCGAUUUGGGCCUGAGGUGUCCUACAUGGCACAAUGUGUGCUGGACCUCAUCAGCGAGACACAGAGGCAGACACUGGUUGGAGGACAUAAGCAGGACACUAUUGUAGCCUCUCUGAGCAACUCGGAAGCCUUGAGUCCCAGCAGCAGCAGACGCACAGCCUUCCUGGGGCGCUCCAACCUUGAGGUGUACCAGGAGGCUCUGUACAUGUGCCAGCAGGAUGCCUUUGCCUGCAUGACCAUGGCGUUUGCUGGCGGGCUGCAUAGGUAUGGCUUGGACACAGUCAUGGACAUCUAUAACCUUUCCCGAGUGCAGGCCAAGGAGGGCACAGCAGAGAGUCUGGGCAUCAAGAACAGGUUGAUAGCGAAAUUUGAGAGUGUCCGUGCACUGAAGAACUAUGCUGACAUUCUGGAGGACCAGGAGCUGUACAAUAAGAUCUUGAUGUAUGAGUACAGUUCCUCCAACACUCCCCACCACAUACAACUGCUGAAGAAGAGGUGCUCCUCCUCGCAUGAUGUGGCCAAUAUCACAUUCUCCACCAUUCACAAAGCCAAAGGUCUGGAGUGGGAUCAUGUGGUACUGCUUGGUAGAUUGACACUCAGCGAGUUUUUGUUUGGCAUCAAUGAUCGGAGGCAGUGUGCAACCCUGCGAGAUGAGAUCAACUUGUUGUACGUGUCUGUCACGCGUGCUAAGAGGUUCUUGACACUGAACAGUGUGAUGCUGCAGGUGCUGAGGCUGUGCAGGGAGAAGAGAGAGGUGCUGGUGGCCGGCAGCGAGGUGGGUCAGAACAGCCAGUGUCUGCACUGUGCCAAGUCUGUGGAUGGAAAGCAGCCUGUUGUUACCAAGGUAAUGGGUGUUCGUGUGACUGGAAGUGGCUUUCUGCAAGGUGGAUAUCUGUGCCACACCUGCUCCUCGGAUCCCCACCGCUACAUUUCCUCCAACAGUGCAGCAUUGGUCAAGAUUCUGCAUCCUCAUGACAACCAGGACUUGUCCAGCCUCGCCAAGCUGAUGCUGAUAUCAGGACAGCCCUAGGGGACAGCAGCCAGCAGGGAAAGACAUGCUGCUGCCUUGUGUGUGUGUGCCUUAGACCAGAACAUGAUGAAAGCUGUAAGAAGCCAUCAGGUGUACAUAUGGCAGUCCCUAUGUGUAAAGUACCUUUCAUGCUCAUUCAUAAAUUUGUCUAAUCUUUUAAAGCUUCUUAACGACUCAAGACUGAUAACCUGAUUACCGAGUCUCUUCCAGGAAAGCAGAGAGGGAGGAGGGGAAGUCUAGAAGUAAGAGAGGAAAGAUAGGUGAGAAAUUGAGAGGUAAGAAAGUAGAGAGAGAGAGAGAGAGAGAGAGAGAGAGAGAGAGAGAGAGAGAGAGAGAGAGGUGUUAGGUAAAUUUGCAAAAGAUGGAGCAAUGAAGACAAGAUUCUAAACACUUCCAGAGAGGGGCAGGAAGAUUGGGAAGUUUAUGGAGAUUGGAAAAUGGAGAGAGAGAGAGAGAGAGAGAGAGAGAGAGAGAGAGAGAGAGAGAGAGAGAGAGAGAGAGAGAGAGAGAGGUAAAUUUACAUAGGAAGGGGCAAUAAAAGACAAGAUUCUAUUCAUACCUUCCAGUAUCAUUGCAGAAUCACAUCUUAUUUCUCACUGCCACACAAAUAUUUACAAUAUAUAUAUAUAUAUAUAUAUAUAUAUAUAUAUAUAUAUAUAUAUAUAUAUAUAUAUAUAUAUAUAUAUAUAUAUAUAUAUAUAUAUAUAUAUACAGUGCUCGCACAAGUGACGAGUUCAUUAUGCCAGUUUUGGUUCGUUAUUCCGAUUAAAUAUUUAUUAAAAUUUCAGUGCAUUAUUGCAGUUGUGCAUUUUUAAUGACUGUGUGUUGGUUGCACAUCUUACUGUAUUGAAUUCAGAUAUUGUCACCCUUAUAAAUGAAUGUCACUUUGGUGGGUUUGAGAUUUUUUUUCUAGAAUAGAUUCAUGAGGCACAUAUUGGUACAGUUUUCCUUGUCCUCUCUUGUCUGUGUGGUUUUAAAUUUGCCCUAACUUUUUUGCUCUUUAUCAUGAAAGUUAAUGAAAUGAGAUGUUUUUAAUCUUGACCCCACAAAAAUUUAAUGAUUACUGUAGUUUACUCAUAAAGGUGGUGAUGUAAUAUUAAUAGGUAUGUGGAGGUAACUUAGAUAAGGAGAUGUGAAGCAAAGAAGAGACAGUGGUGGAGAAAAACAUUACUAUAAAAACUGACUAGAUUAGUGACUGUUUUGUCUAAAUGAGAGAAGAGAGAAAGAAUACCAAAGAAUGAUAGAAUGACUCACAAGCAAUUCUGACGUUGUACUGUACUUAUUCCACAGGGCUUUCAUUCAUGUAUGACUUAGGCAGUGUGUAGAGAAAAGGCUGUGAUGUAAUAAUAGGUGUGAAAGAAAGAAGUGGAGAAGUAACUUAGGGAGGGAGAUGUGGAGGAAAGAAGAGACAGUGGUGAAGAAAAAACACAAUAAAAACAGACUAGAUUUUUUUACUGUUUUGUCUGAGAGAGAGAGAGAGAGAGUAGUAAGGUUUAGAAACUGACUGGAUGUUGUGAUUAUUUUGUUAGAGAGAGAGAGAGAGAGAGAGAGAGAGAGAGAGAGAGAGAGAGAGAGAGAGGAACAAAGAAUAAUAGAAUGUCUUUUAAGAGUAAUUGUUUAACUCUAAGAUUUUCUUCUUUUAUCCCAUGAGGCUUUCAUUCAUGUAUAUGCUUCCUACAAGUGCUUUUAAUUAACAUAGCAUUCCCCCAUCACAUCAAGAGUAACUAUCUUUGGUUGUUUUACAGGAUGGGUUAUGGCUCAUUAAGUUAGGUCAGGAUGGCAGAUACAUAUAACUUAAUCAAAUUUUUAUACAUUUUUUUAUUAUUUUCUGCAGCAGCACAAUAUUUUUUUAUUAAUUUGUAUGUAUAUUGAUUUUUAUUUUUAUUUUUAUUCUAUUUUUUCUAGUACUGCAAAAGAUUAGGUUACAUUAAACUGCAUAGUCUAGCCUUACCUAACUUCUCUUUAACUUCUCUUCAACAUGUCUGUGAGUAGAGGCAGGCAACUUACUUUGAGUUAUGAUGAUUUAGUCUUUUCUGGGUCAAAAAUUUUAUAAUUCUUAUAAGACUAAAGGUUUAAUAUGCUGAGUUUUAUUUAUUUACUUUUUUUUUUUGGUGAAAAUGCAGAACAGGGCCUUCAUCUCUUUCGUCAAUAUAUCCCUGUCUAUCACCAGCAAGCUUGGAGACCUGGCAUAAAAGUUGCAGGUUGUGGGAGGCCAAAAUAGACGAGAUAUGUCGAUCCAGAUUUUUUUUUUUAAAUCUAAGGACAAAACCUGCUAAAUAUAGUCGCACAGCCAAGUUUCCUAUUUUUUUCGGUUCUUACUCCUACAUUGAUGAGGACCUGAUGGGAAAGCAAGUUUUUGGGGUAAGGAAUGCUAAAAUAGAGCCAGAUACCACCUCUUAACAAUAAAAAUAAAUAGGGAGCUGCCUACUAUUGCUCCUAUUUUUGUUGUUGUGAUGGCUGCCAUGAUAUUGAUUUUGCUCUUGCUGCUAGCAUCCUAACUGAAAUAAACCUAACCUAACUAAACCUUAACCUAACUAAACCUAACCUAACUAAACUGGUAAAUAUUAAAUAAAGUACACAAUUUGUGGACCUAGGCUCUGGUAGACACUGAUUUCAAUGCAAAUUUGUGA